AUGGGAUCCAUCGUCAACACUCAAGACUCCCGACCUCUCCUCCUCGUAACAUCCUUUCCUGGCGAUGGCCACACCGGACCUCUGCUGCGCGUCGCCGCCGGCCUGGUGCAGCGCGGCUGGGACGUCGCCUACCUCGCCGCCAGCCAAUACGAGCCCAAGAUCCGCGCCAUAGGUGCCGAGUUCUUCGAGGCGCCGGACCCCUUCACUCCCGCCAAGUUCGCCGAACUCGGGUCCCAGCGGGACAUCCCCGUCGGCCCGAGACGCUACGCGCACACCAUCGGCUGCGUCUUCCUCGACGACCUCCCCGCCAGGACCGAGAGGCUCCAAGAGACGCUCGAGGCGCUGAGGGCCCGCGAUCCCGGCAGGCAGAUCGUCGUCGUCGAGGACGGGCCGAACAUGGCGUCGGUGCCCUGGCGGUACGGCCGUCCCCUCCCGCGGGGCUUCGACGAGUUCCCCCGGACGCUCGGCGUCAGCCCCUGCCCGCUCAUCAUGCAGAGCGUGGACUGCGCGCCCACGCCCCUCGGCCUGCCGCCCGACACGUCCGACUCGGGCAGGCUCCGCAACGCGGCGCUGAACCAGCUAAUCAACGACGGCCCGUUCAAGAAGCUGCAUGAGAAGAGGGACGCCGUCUUCCGGUCGCUGGGCUGCACGUCGCUGCCAGCCCAUACAGUCAAUGAUAUCUUCUUCCUCGACUAUGACCAGGUGCUCCUCCUCUGCUCGCCGAGCCUCGAGUACGACCUGUCCGAUAAGCCGUCCACGGUCGGCUUCGCAGGCUGUCUGCCCCGUCCGCCCCUCAGCAAAGACCUGACAUACCCGUCCUGGUGGUCUGAGGUCACGAACAAGGGCGAGUCCGGGAAGAAGGUCGUAUUCGUCACGCAGGGCACCGUGAACAUCGACCCCGAGGACCUCAUCCUACCCACCGUCCAGGGUCUCGCUGGCCGCGACGACGUGCUCGUCAUCGUCGUCCUGGGCAGCCGGGGCGCAACCCUCGACAUGUCCCGUCUGCCCGCCAACGCGCGCGUGCUCGACUACUUCCCCUACAACGCGGUGCUCGCCCACGCCGACGUGUUCGUCUCCAACGCCGGGUACGGGGGCUUCACGCACGCGGUGGUCAACGGGGUGCCAGCCGUGUUCGCUGGCCAGACGGAGGAGAAGGCCGAGGUGGCGGAGCGCGGGUCGGUGGCGGGCUUCGCGGUGAACCUGAGAACGCAGACGCCCGGCGCCGCCGCGGUGCGCGGGGCGGUGGACAAGGUGCUUGCGGACGGGCGGUACAAGAGGCGUGCGCUGGAGCUGAUGGCUGAGAAUGAGGGAAUGGAUUCGCUGGGGGUGAUUGAGGAGCGUAUUUUGUGGAUGAUCAAAUAG